AUGAUUUUUAUAAUAUCACAAAGUUAAAAGAGCUUCAUUUUUAAUGUUUAAAACAAAUUAUAGCUGACUUUGCAAUAAGGGAUAGCUAAUUUCAUACCCAAAAAUUAGAAAUCAAAGUAUUAUUAUGUCCACAAUUCAAAAUAUAAGAAACACAGAUGUUUGCAUUAUUUUACAUCUAACAAUUACUCUCAAUAAACGCUGAACUACUACCAAUUGUUAGGAGUUUCACAGAAUGCUACUUAAGAAGAAAUCAAGAAAGCCUACUUCAAAAAAGCAAAAGAUUUGCAUCCUGAUGCAGUAGGAUAUUAAAAAGAAGAUUUGACAUCUAAAUAAUAGCAAUACUAAGAUUAACUUUAAGAUACUUUCAAACGCAUCACUGACGCCUAUAACACUUUAAAGGACCCAGAUGCUCGCUAGAAAUAUGAUUAUGACAAUUUUAUUUAUUAACAAGCUGAAGAAAUGAAUUUAAACAACACGAGAUAUCAGCAAUCAAGAGGAUUUUAUUAACAUCGUACUAAGAAUGCUUACAGUUAUGAUUGGUAUAGAGAUUAGGAUGCUCAAGAUGGAUAGAGUAAAUACACCUACGGCGAACGAGGAUUUAAUAAUGAUUAUUCUUAUAAUAGAGCUAGAUAUCAAGAAAGGUAUAGAGAAUUUUAUAGAGAUUAUGAUAAGGUUCAUAAUCCAAACAGCUACACAACUUCUGAAACAUUUAAAUCUACAUUUGAUAAAACUCCUACAUGGAGAAGAUACAAAUUUCAUUGGAUAGCUAUAUUAGGAUUAUUUAUUUUAUAUGAUUUCGUGAGAGAUGCCUAUUUAGACACUGUUAAUCAGAUGACUGAGGAAGAGUUGGAUUAAAAAAUCAAAGAGUUGAAGGAAUAAAGAGGAUUAUUUUAACAAAAGGAUGCAGAAUUAAGGAGAGAAAAUUUUAUCUUGAGUAAAUAAACUACUGUGAAUGAUCCUGUCUAUGUCUAAGAAAAGAGAAGAGCUCAGUAUGAAAAAGAGUUAGCUGAUCAAAAAGUAAAGAUAGAAGUUUCUUAUAUAGAUACUACUAACUAAAAUCCGUAUAUGGCUAAUAAAGAUAGAGUUAAAAAAUAUAAAAACUCCUAAGAAUUUUACACAGGAUAAAAUGCACUGUUAGAAUUUGCAAAAAACGAGAAAAUUAAAAUUGAAAAAACUCCAGAUGCCCUAAUGAAAUAAAAGAAAAUGGAAAAGCCUAAAAGAGUAACACUUCAAGAAAUACCUUACUUAGCUGAUGAUGAAUACAUAUGA